AUGGUGAAGCGGCGCCGCGCCGCCGUGGAGGCGAAAGAUGAGGGGGAAGCUGCAGCAGCAGCGCCGAAGCGGCAGCUGCGCAAGCGCAGCAGCAGCAGCAGCAACAGCAGCAGCAGCAGCAGCAAGAAGAAGAAGGACCUGCGGACAGUGGAUCCCACGAAGAUCCGCAACAAGGCCCGGCGCUCUGCUGUGCGGCGGCAGCAGCAGCAGCAGCACAAGGAAGCAAAAAGAUUGAAAAGAAAAGAAAGAAAAAUAAAAGAAGCAAAAGGAGAAAAAGUGGAAAGACAAACCCCCAACACCAUCGAGUCCAUGCGGAGGCCCGACGACUCAAUGGUGGCUGAGGAUGACGCCGAAGCAGCAGAGGCCGAAGAAGCUGAUGAGUUCGCUCCAGUUUUUAGAGGCGAGAAGACCCCAAAGCUCUUCAUCACAACCAGCAAGUCAGCUGCUGCUGCUGCUCCUCUGUUCUUGGAAACGGCGGCAGCAGACGCCGCUGCGGCUGCUGCAGCUGCAGCAGAAGCAGCAGCAGGCGCAGCAGAAGCAGCAGCUGCUGCAGCAGAAGCAGCACUGCUGCUUCACAGGGUGUCGGUCUCGUAUCCGUAUUCCUCUCUCGUUACUGCUGCUGCUGCUGCUGCUGCUGCUGCUGCUGCUGCUGCAGGCGGCCCGAUUCCACGACUUCUUGAAGGAGAUUCUUCUGGUGCUGCCAGGGGCCUAUUACUACAGGCGGCUGCGGACCUCAGUGAAGACAGUCUGCAAGGCUGCAAUUGA